UUUCGGUCGGAAAUGCAUAGAUUCGUCAUGUAUGUAUGCUAUAGGAUCAAUUCUUCGGGACCGAAUCUUCACUAUUCAGACCCAUGUCCCAGAAACCUCGUUCCAUCUAAGGCCCAUUUUGGCCAGCUCGUCUAUUCUUGAGGACGAUUGCUUGGUAGCAUGGUUCUCAAUCAGGUCUGCAUAUGAUAUUGUCAGUUUGCUCACUCAUGCGC